UAUCGCAAUUCUCCUUCAGUUUCCAUUUCCGAAGCUUCAACCUCUCUUCAAGCUUGCGAUUCGGGUAUGUUCGAGUCAAGUCUAUGGUUUCAUUAACCGAAUGAUGGGCAACGACUGAGGCGUGAUUUGUUUGGCGGUUCCUGCCCCUGCAGCUAAACAGGAGGCGCAUGGAAGCUGGUGAGAGAUGGCGCCCAAGGUGAAGGAGGAUGAGAAACUCGAGAGGACUGUUCGUGGUCUCUCGAAACUUCCCGAGAACCGAAGAUGUAUUAACUGCAACAGUUUGGGACCGCAAUAUGUUUGCACCACUUUUUGUACAUUCAUCUGCAUGAACUGCAGUGGGAUACACCGUGAGUUCACGCACCGGGUAAAAUCGAUAUCAAUGGCUAAAUUCACUCCUGAAGAAGUGAGCGCACUUCAAGCUGGAGGAAAUGAGCAAGCGAGGCAAAUAUAUCUCAAAGAAUGGGAUCCUCAACGCCAUUCUCAUCCCGACAGCAGUAACCUUUAUAAACUCCGGGAUUUCAUCAAGCACGUCUACGUAGAUAGGAAAUUUAGUGGUGAAAAAAGCGAGGAGAAGCUCCCGAGGCUGAGAUUGACCGACAAAGAAGAGUCCUACGGGGGCAGAAGUUCUAAUGCAUAUCGGAGUGCAUCUGGAAGCCCUAGUUAUGAGGACAGAUAUGAAAGACCUCAUAGUGGAAGGUCUAGUCCGAGUGGACGAAGCGAUGAUGGGAUUUUAAAAUAUUGUUAUGAUGAAAGGAGAAGUCCGAGAUAUGCCCGAGAAAUCUCGAGAUACGGGGGUUAUAGAAGGAGUCCUGUCCGUUUUGAGGUUGUUGAUGACCGGUUUCGAGAUGACGUGCUAGGAAGUGGCAGGCGAUCUCAGGGUCAAAGGCUUUCAAAUGAAGAAUCAAGGCUGGGGAGCAGGUCACCCGAUAAUCAAAAGAACAUGGAUAAGUCCACUUCCACUGUAACUCGACCCGCAAAGGAGAUUUUAAGGGACGAUGGUCUUUCCCGCAGGGUAGGCGAAACAACAGAAAAUUCUGAUGGUUGUGCCAAUGUCAAGAAGGUCCGUUCAUUAAAUAAUUUGGGCAAUACCGAUGGCAGCGCAGCGGAAAGAAAAGAGGCCAAAUCCCAAAGUCUGAUUGAGUUUAGUACAGACGAAAAGCCUCCCGAUGCUUCAGCUGAAACUCAGAGACAACAAAUGCCUUCCUCCACUGAUGGAGGUAACUGGGCGUUGUUCGCCCCGUCAGAAAAGGAGAAGGCACCAUCAGCAUCAAAUGCAAAUACCCUGGAGAUGUUGUUGCUAGAAUUAACACCGGCAACUGUAACUGUCGGUAAUGUGUCUGAAGGACCCAGCGGCUAUGAUGCUCAGCCAACUGCAUCUGUGAGCAACACUUCACCCACUGGCAUAGCCUCUGAUGUUCCUGCGGAACAAAUGUCAGCACCAGCUGAUGUUCCUACACAGCAAGCUUUGGUCUUGGCUGAUGAUCCUACUACAUCAACUUCUGUUGCCACAACAGAACAUAUUAGUGAAGAGCCUUCCAAAGUCACACCUGAGAGCCAUGUCGACUUGUUAGCGCAGUUGCCAAGCACUCAGCAGAAUCAGCCUCCAGCAUCCCCUUCUAAGGACGAGAGUUAUGCGGUAGAAAAGAAUGAACAAUCGCCUUUAACAUCACUCCAGCUUAAUGAGCAAGGACCUUCUUGCGAUUCAUCUCAAACUGGCAACGCAACUAUCCAAGAGGCGAGCUCUGGAUUGGCAUCGCAGAACCUUCCCAUUGAGCUGAACCCCAGCAGGAGAAAGGAACUUCCAGCUGAACUUUUCACUGCAUUUUACCCUCCAGCACCAGCACCAAUUCAAGGCUGGCAAACAGCUAGACCUCAUGCCAUGGGCUUCAACAUGCAGUACUAUCCUAACAUUACGCCUAUGCCUGCAUACCCGAGCUCUGCAAAAUCAACAAACCCAUUCGAUAUCGGUGAUGGAACUGAUCAACCUCAAGGGCCAGCGUUUCCUUCCAUGGAACCUCUGCAAGGAGCACUGUCCAUUGUCUCAGCUUCUUCUGGGUUUGCACAUACUUCAAGCCAGGGUGCCCAAGCACCAGGAAUGAUGCCGCAUCAGUCUCCAUCACAUGGAUCCAAUGCCGUCUCGCCGUUUCAGUCACCAUUUCAGUCACCUUCUUAUGGAGCCUUGCCGAUGGGUUUCCACAUGGAGCAACAAGGGCAGGGUCAUAUGCCACCUUCAAGAGCGCAUGGCUUCGGUGGUUCUGGAACUGAUUCGUCUCCUUUUAGUUCCUUCAACACUAAUCAACAGAUGGCAACAAGCUACUCGGAACCCACAGCCCCAAAUUAUUUUCCGUCUUUGGGGCAAGGAAACCCAUUUGGGUAGAUUAACAAUAGAUCGUUCACAUGAAUUCAUACAGAGUCUUCUAAUGUGCCGCUCUGCAACAUCUUUGGAGGGGCUUCACCCUGCAGUCCCUAAUUGAAGGUCAGUUGAAACUGACCGCGUAAUCAAGACUGUCCACAUGUAUAUGCUUUGCCAGGAACUCCACAACUAGAUCGUGGUAAAUGAGUUAAACCACACAGUACCAACCCAUAUGUCAUUGAAAGUUCAAUAGUUCAUAAUACAACUCUGUAAACUAAUUUUAGCAAUCAUCUUAUUGACCGUCCUUACAGGAUGCUGCUUUGAGCUGUGACAAGAAUUUGCUUUGCCAAAUUAGAAACUGUAGCUCGUAUUCUCAGUGA